AUCUCUAUGCUUAAAAGAAGCCAAGCUAUCUAGCCAAGAUCUUCCACUUGCACACAACAUUCUCCCUUGCACCACUCAGCCAGCAGCGACCAAACACAAGCUCGUGCGAGUCAUGGGAGAUGCGCUGUGCGAUCAGCUCCUCGUCGACGUCGACGGCGAGUUCCAGCUCCCCACCGACGCUGAAGACCUAUUCAGCAUCCUCGAGACUUGGGAGGACUGCGUCAACGGCGCCGCUGCAGUGUUGAGCCCCACGGCCGGCGCCAGCAGCCGUGGUGGGCUGCUGGGCGGUUCUGCGCCGGGGAACAAAGGCAGCAAGCGGCGAGCGCGGCAGGACGAAUGUGACGGCAUAGCGCAGGCGCAGAAGAGGCAGAAGUGCUCGCCGGAGGAGGGAGGCGGCGCGGCGCCGAAGACGGCCCACAUCACGGUGGAGCGCAACCGCCGGAAGCAGAUGAACGAGCACCUGACCGUUCUGCGGUCGCUCAUGCCAUGCUUCUAUGUCAAGCGUGGUGACCAAGCAUCCAUCAUCGGAGGAGUGGUGGACUACAUCAAGGAGCUGCAGCAAGUGAAGCAGUCGCUGGAGGCCAAGAAGCAGCGCAAGGCCUACACCGAGCACGUCCUCAGCCCGCGGCCGCCGCCGUCGUCCUACAGCCCACGCCUCCCGCUCAGCCCGCUCCAUAAAUCCACGCCGCCGCUCAGCCCACUGCUCAGGUCCACUCCGCCGCUCAGCCCGCUCCUCGCCGUCCCGAUCAGCCCUGCCAGGACGCCGCCGACGCCAGGCAGUCCCUACAAGCUCCGGCCCCUGCCGCCGCCGAUCUCCGGCUCCACCUACGUGUCCCCGGCGAUGACGCCUACAGGCUACGAUGCGGCCUCCUCCUACCUCCCCUCGCUCGACGCCAUCGCCGCCGAGCUGUCGGUGUACGCCAACAGGCAGGCGCUACAGCUGCCCCCGACCGACCCACUCCCCGACGUGAGGGUGGAGUUCGCCGGCGCGAACCUGGUGCUGAAGACGGUGUCGCACCGCGCGCCGGGGCAGGCGGUGAAGAUCAUCGCCGCGCUCGAGUCACGGGCGCCGGCGCUGGAGAUCCUCCACGCCAAGAUAAGCACCAUCGACGACACCGACGUCAACGCCUUCACCGUCAAGAUUGGAAUCGAGUGCUCACUCAGCGCGGAGGAGCUGGUGCAAGAGAUUCAGCAAACGUUCUCGUAAAGGUCCCGCUUCGAGUUGAACUCUUUCUUGUGUUCCUAAGAGGGCUGAAACUCGUCGAAUUGAACAGUGAAGAUGCAUGUAUUGUUACGCAUGCAUAGGUUUGUGCAUGUGUGUGUGUCUAGUAAGAUCGAAACUGAGGAUGAGCUGAGGAGCCGGGCACUUGAAUGGUCGUAGUACAGGUGGUGCUCUAGCUAUAGCUAACUAGCUAGAUCGAUCGUUUUUUGUGCUACCUGCGUACGUAUGUAACUGCAGUCGUUGAAUGGUACGUGCAUUCAUUUUCAC